CACUGUGGGGGACGCGGAAAGGCCUGUCCAGGCGCAGGCAGGAGGGUGACGACGCCCUCACAGCCCGUGUGCGAGAGGGACGGUCCCUGCUGUGUGAGGCCACCACGUCACCCCUACUUCUGUGGGCGUCUCCGUGGGCCCGCCUCCCUCUCUGAGAAAUUGAUACAUUAUCCGAUGGAGAUGAAUCAUUUGAUUUGGGAAGCAGCUGAACUGGGGACAGGUGACCUCGCCAGGAUUUUAUAAACCAAGCACAUUAACUCCUCUUCCGUUACCCUUACCCGUAUCUCAUCUUCCAACUUGUCUGACUAAUGGCAUUCAGGAGGCAAGUGAAAAACUUCAUGAAAAAUUACACAGAUGCUGAAGUAAAAGUCAGGGAAGCGACUUCUAAUGACCCUUGGGGUCCUUCCAGUUCUCUGAUGUUAGAUAUCAGUGACCUGACUUUCAACACAAUUUCUCUCUCAGAGAUUAUGAAUAUGCUGUGGCAGAGACUCAGUGACCAUGGGAAGAACUGGCGCCAUGUGUAUAAGUCCCUGACGCUGAUGGAUUAUCUCAUCAAGAAUGGAUCAAAGAAAGUUAUCCAGCUUUGCAGAGAGGGGUUCUGUAACCUUCAAACACUAAAAGACUUUCAGCACGUAGAUGAAGCUGGGAAAGACCAAGGUUAUUAUAUCCGGGAAAAAUCUAAGCAAGUCAUAACACUGCUGAUGGAUGAACAGUUGCUGUAUAAAGAGAGGGAAGUGGCGAGUCGGACUCGACGCCGGACCUCCUAUUCUAUGACGUUUCCCAAAAGAUCACCCAGUACAGGAAACUCACCCACAGCAUGCGCUUCUGCCCCCACCCCAGAAAUUCCUGCUUCUGAGAAGAAGUAUAAGCUUCGUAAGGUUGCAAGGCUCCGCAGUAAAAAAAAUGCUUCCAAGGCAGGAUUGAAACACGAGCAGUGCCAAGACACUCAGUUGCCUAGUGGAGCUGUGUUGUCCCAGGAAACACUACCGCUCAGGAUUAAUGCUUGGAAAUCAACAGAGGACCUGAUACUAUUUUAUGAGGAUGAGCCAAAGCCACUUCUGCCGACAGUUCCGCCUUCCACUGUCUCAACAGCUACACGGUUGUCAGAAGGUCAAGCCGACGUUUGUAACCUCUGGGAUGCAGAUCCUGUGCCUACGCCCUCAGAAAAAAGCCUAUCUCUGCAGACAAAAGUGAGUUUGGACAAAUCAGACAGUCCUAUUGCAAAUACUAUGACAGAAAAUAAUUUGCAAACACCUCUAGAAAGGCAGUCAGCUGCAAAGUGUUUUGAAACCUUGCCAACUUUGCCAACCUUGCCAACCUUGCCAACCUUGUGGUCAUCAAGUAAAGAACAUGUCAGUCCUGAUUUAAGGACAUCAAGGUCAGAUUCCUCUUUCUAUAACCAGAGCUCUGUAGAGACGCUCUAUGUCUCGCCCUCAUUCAAAGUAGUUGACCCGGUGAAGGAGACUGUAAUCAGUAAGGAUGAUCAGAAGCCAGCAGAGCCCAGCAUCAUGCAGAUGGAUGAUGGAAACACCAAAGCCAUAACCACGCGGGCUGCCCCUGAGGGCACACCCUCCUUUUCUACUAUACCUGUGUCAUCUCCUGAUUCAGCCUCUUCCGACAAGUCUGCUCGUCUCUUACCCCCCAUUUUGGCCAGACCUUCCUUCUGGACUCUGUCCCACGCGCAGACUUCUUCGGCCUCCUUUAAAGAGAGCGAAAAGGCAGCCGGGGCCCAUCCCCCCUGUAUUCCUGGGGCCCCCGAGUUGUCUGAUGAAGAUAAUGACGGCCUCAGCCUACUGGAUAUUCUUCCGGAUAACUCCGAUUCUACUAAACAGCCCAGUGGUGUGUCCAGCAGUGAUUGGGUAGAGUUUCCCACCAAAAACAUAGAUCACUUUACUUCUAUGUCCUGUUCCAGUUUUCAGACCACCAGAGGCCUACCUCGAGUGUCUGAAGCAAACUAUUCCACUAACAUUCUCCUAGGGGAGGUAAAAAAUGCCGUAGUCAAGUUACACGAAGAUCUGAGCACGGUGAUCCGAGAACUUAACGUCAUAAGUAGCCACCUGGUAAGCAUGAGGGGGCACAGUCCACAGAGAAGCCAAGCUCUACCAUUUUCCCGGCCGGCUGAGGGGAACUCAGAUGAAACCUAACCAUCUCCACAGCCAUUUUUUGACCAAACUCACGUGGUUCCACUUCCCAAAGACAAAGCAGUUCACUAGUCAUAGUUUCCCAUUACUAUGCCAAAAGUAGGAUGAUGGUUGCAUUUUUUCCCUUGUCAGGGUUAGUAAUAUUUUUCAAACCACUGCAUUCAUUUGCGUGGUUUAUUUUUUUAAUGAGAAAAGGUAUCACCUUUGACCAUAUUAGAUAUUGGGUCAUUAGAAACUCAAGAGAAUUUCAUUCUUCCAUGCUCAGUACUUUACGUCAAAUACAUUAAGCAUUAAUGAGCAUUAUGAUAAGACCUCAGACAGCAAAUGAUUAUUCUAGAACUUUUAGAUAAGUAUAUGGCAGUAAGAAGUCAUGUGUUUUUCGGCCUUCUGGGGCUCCAUUGUUAGCAGCCUUUGUCUGGCUUAGGAGGAUUGAGGGUACUGGUUUCACGUGUG